AUGGGGUUCAGCUCGGCUUCUGCGGCUGAGAUGGGCCUUAGCAAGACAGAGUAUGAAGAUGCCGUCAAUCUGGAAAAGUUGUACUUCCUGGCUAACAAUCAUGAUCGUUGCGCCUCCUGCAGUCGAGGGGGCGUGUGUGCAGUGGACAUGCAACGCUACGAGUUCCUAUGCGGUGGCUGCAGCUCGGGGAAGGCAGGGGCAAAGCGUAUUGGCUCAGACAGGUUCUCUACCUUCGAGGUGCAAAAACUCCUUAACAAGUUCGGUGGCAACAGCAGCAGUAGCACGCGAGAUAGUGGCGGGGGGACGUCAAGCCAUCUGUACCGGCGUUCCUCUUCCUCGGCUAAGGCGUUCGACAGGAGGAGACGCCACGGGCGGGGUCACUCGAGGAGGAGAGACAGCCCUUCUCCCUCCAGUGAAUCCCCUGUCUCUAGUGAUGAUUCGCCUCCCUCUGUGUCUUGGGCGGCCUCAAAGUCUCGCGGAUCUCGGGCAGAGAAAAGCAGCAGCAGACGCAGAGCAGGAGGCGCGCAGGAAGACUUUUCAUCGGCUACCUGGCCGCAAGUGGCUCCCAAUCCAUGGACUGGUGCAACUGAUGCAGCAGCUCUCCCAGGCAUGGGGGGACUUGCAGGCAUGGGGCUUACUGCAGCUGCUGCUUCGGGGCAGUCGCAGCCGACGAACAUGUGGAUGCCGACGUCAACGCCACAAGGCCUUAUUCCCCCCGGCAUGCAGCACAUCCAGAUGCCACCGCAGCAAGGGGGUGGUGCGCCUAUGGGCUCCUACGGCGGGGAACUGUCUCAGCAGCAGUGGAGGAAUGCGGGGACUGGUCUCCAGUUGCAGCAGGUCAUGCCUCAGCAAAGCAUGCUUCAGCAGCACCAGAUGCAAGCCUCCAACCAGUUGUUCGGCAUGCAGCCUCCGCAGCAGGCACUUGGAAUGGGAAGCGGCGCAGUGCUAGGCCGCCCUCCACAGAUGAUGCUUCAACAGCAGACCCAGCCAAACUCCAUGCUGCAGCCCAUUCGACCACCGCAACAGCAACGGAACCCCUUCGCCAGCAUGCGGGGUCCCCAGCAAGCCGCAGUGGCAAGACCAUCCAAUCCUUUCGCCUCGAUGCAAGGGCCUCUUUACGGGAGCAGUCCCUUCCAGCAGCAGCCUCAGCACCAGCAGCUACAGCAGCCACAACAACAGCCACAGUUGCAGCAGCCACAACAACAACCACAGUUGCAACAGCCGCAGCUGCAGCAGCAGCAAAACUUUGGAGGCAUGCAACAGGUGUACAGAACACCGGGAACGCAGCAAGCCCAUUCUACGGGAGCCCCUCUGGGGCCCUCCUUUGCUGCAACAAAUCCUUUUGCGUCAACGACUCAAAGCGGCGGCUGGGCAGGAGCUGGUGGGGCUCCUCCUUUCACAGCGAAUGCGUUUAACUCGUCAAUCUGGUAA